AAGAUCCGAUUCUAAGCCGCUCUUGUCCGCCUAUCGAAAGAGAGGCGAAAGUUGGGGGUGGUGCGUAUUUCACCAAGCAACCUUGGGCACGCGUUGUUUUCAUUUAGGUGGCACACGUGUGUUUUGGAGAUUUCGCUUCUGUUAUUUGCCGUUUCUUAUUCUGCACAGCAGAAAUAAUAAUGCCUAAAGCCAAAAUAAAGCGUGGUCAAAAGUUCGCACAGAUGAAGCGGAUGAUCAGCCUUCGAGAUCCAAGACUGCAGGACAAAGAUCGUUUGCCCCCAAAAAGGCCGAAGAAAGAAGACCCGCACACAGUGAAAGUGACAGAAGCGCCCCAGUAUUCGUCCGCGCUGUUCUUCAAAUACAACACACAGCUCGGGCCCCCGUUCAGGAUCCUCAUCGACACCAACUUCGUCAAUUUCGCCAUCAAAAACAAGCUGGACGUCAUCCAGUCCAUGAUGGACUGUCUCUAUGCCAAGUGCAUCCCGUACGUCACCGACUGCGUCAUCGGCGAGCUUGAGAAGCUCGGAAGCAAGUACAGAGUCGCACUGAGGAUAGUCAAAGAUCCGAGGUUUGUGCGCCUCCCUUGCGUUCACACGGGCACCUACGCGGACGACUGCCUCGUCCAGCGGGUCAUGCAGCACAAAUGCUACAUUGUGGCGACUUGCGACAAAGACCUCAAGAGGCGUAUACGCAAGAUACCUGGGGUACCCAUCAUGUACAUCUACCAGAGGCGGUUCUCCAUCGAAAGAAUGCCAGAUGCCUAUGGCGCCCCCAAGAUGUGAAGCGUCCGAUGUUAAUAAAAACAACUAAUUUUUCGAACACA